GGCAAGUAGCCCGAACUGCUGCAGGUAUGAACGUCAUGCUUGUUCUGCUCUGCUGGGGUGAAUUAUGAGGGGUACUGACAUUGGGUGGAUUCAUCUAUAUGGCUCUUUAAAUGGUGAGUUUGGUAGGGGAUGGUUUGUUAUGAAGACUUCAAAUCACCCAUCUUCAAGUUUAAGUAGCGUUUCCUCAAUUCUUGUUCCUCCCGUUCAUCCAUCUACUUUUGAUAGCACAUUGACAACAUGUCUUCAUCUGAUAAGCCAGCCGUGGCCUUCAUCGGUCUUGGGGCUAUGGGGAUGGGCAUGGCUACGAACCUCCUCAAAACAUUCUCUGUUACUGGCUUUGAUGUCUACGAACCCACGCUCGAGAAAUUCAGAUCCGCGGGCGGAAACACAGCUACCACACCUCGAUCUGCCGUCGCCAAUGCACAAUACAUCGUCAUCAUGGUAGCCACGGCUGCGCAAACCCUUGCGGUUCUUUUCGACGAUGUCACUGGAGCUAUCCACGAAUUACAGCCGAAUGCUACGAUAAUACUAAGCUCUACUGCUUUCCCCGAACACGUACCGGAGGUCAGAGAAUUACUGGACAAUAAAUAUAACAGGAAAGAUGUGGAAUUGGUAGAUGCACCUGUGUCGGGAGGUACUAGUCGAGCAGCUCUUGGUACGCUUGUAAUUCUCGCUUCUGGGCCGGAGAAAUCGCUCGACGCUGCGAAACCAGUGUUGGAUGCCAUGGCAGAUCCAUUGCAUAUGAUACCUGGUGGUUUGGGGGCGGGUACCAAGGUUAAAAUGGUUCACCAAGCUCUCGCGGGAAUACACAUGAUUAUGGCAUCAGAAGCCAUGGGGUUUGCUGCAUUCUUGGGUCUUAACACCAAGCAGGCUUUUGACUAUCUAGUUAAAUCAUCUGGAGAAAGCUGGAUGUUGGGGAACAGAGUACCGCAUAUGUUGGAGAAUGAUCUACACCCGUAUUCGGCACUGAACAUCUUUGUUAAAGACAUGGGUAUAGUGACAGCUGAUGGCCGUAGAGUCAAAUGUCCACUCUUCCUUUGCUCUGCGGCCGAACAAGUAUUGGCAUCCGGCGUACGUUCUGGGUUUGGUCUAGAUGAUGAUUCUGGACUUGUCAGAGCUUAUAUCCCUACCCAGCCAAGUCUUGUCUUCGAUCAGACAACUACUUCUACUACAAGUGCGAAUGAUACGAGAUUAAAGCUAGUUGAAGAUAUACUAGCAGGUGUACAUCUAGUCGCAGCAGUAGAAGCAAUGGCUUUUGGUCAAGCGAUAGGUCUAGACACCGAAAUGCUAUACGAUGUAGUAAAAGGGGCGGCUGGAGCAAGCGCCAUGUUCGUGGAUAGAGUGCCAGCUUUGUUAAGUGGAAAGUGUACCUCAAAAUCCUCUAUUAAUGAUGUUGUUGCUCGUCUCAAUAAAGCAAUCGAGGAAGCGAGCCGUGUCAAAUACCCGCUACAUCUCACAGCCACGGCGCUACAGAUAUUACAAUUGGCGAGUAGUCGAAGUUCUGGCAAUGAGCCUGACGUAGCAGCCAUAAAAGUAUGGGAUGGUAUCGUCACAUUUCCCGUACCUGGCUUUGCAUGAGGAAGUAGCUUCGUCAAGGAGCGAUAUUUGAGCUUUGAUGCUACUAAUAGGGAUCACUUUUCUUGGACACUAGUAUGAAGUUAAUUUGCAUAGAAUAAGGUUGGAAGGCUGGAGCUGUAGUAAAAUUAACUUGCUUCAUUGACAAAUAUUACGCUGGAACUUCCCCGCAUUUUGUGCACCAUAUUGUUCCUGCAGAAACUAGCAAAUUUGGCUCCUGCUGUGAGUUGUGUCAAUCAAGUAUAUCUCCGAGAGUUAAAUUUUUAUCUCCAAAUCUUCAUGAAUACGGAAACUUCGUCUUGAAGAAGAAGUCAAAUUUAGAAAUAUUGA